CCGAUCAAGAGCUCUUAUGGAGGCCGGGACGAUCGUGCAGCUGCCGGAGCUGCUGGAGCCAGGAUCGCCCUUUUGCCGCCACAUGAAAUCGUUGCGCGUCAUGGGAACGCUCGAAAGCUUCGAUGUGGAGUCUGGCGUCGCCCACAUUCGCCACGAGGGCGCCAGCCUCGCGGUGGACACGACGCUGCUGCGCGACAUCCACCUCCGCCCGGGCUCGCUCUACCAGUUCAUCGGAGAGCUCUUGCUCCAGAGCGGGAUGAUGCUCCGGGCCAGAGUCGCGCGCAAUGUGGAUGGAUUGGACGUCAAGCUCUACGAGAAAGCCUUGCGUCUCCGGAGGAUCUUUCAAGAGCAGCGCGCAACGUCUAGUCCUAGAUAGAUCAAAUGAGAGAGAAAUGCGUUGACCUAAUUAGCGCUCGAAAAAGGUAAGUCCGUGACUUCCACCCUUGUUCCGUGA